AUGUCGACUCAUGCGGUGAAAAGGAGGAGGCUCAGCCCCUCACCACAAAAUCCUGAUUCUUCAACCCUGCCAAAAUCUUCGCAUACGACUCCGAUGAGCUCGAAAGAAGAGACUCAAAAAACAGCUCAGUCUACCGCGCGCAAUGAGGAUACCCAGUCAAAGAGUCAUCAAGGACGUCGGGGAAUUGAAGACAGCUCUGCAGAGCUGGCUAUGGCCAGUGGAUUCUACAAAUCAAGCUUUUUCAAAUUGCAGAUGGACGAGUUGCUGACCGGGUUGAGACCAAACUACGGAAAGCAGAUCUCAAAGUCCCAGGAUGCCCUCCACAAGUUGAAGAAUACGAUCGAAGGCCUGCCCGACAGGGAAUCGAAGUCUGUAUCUGAUGCCGAGAAGGAGCUACGGACUGCUUCUGAUAUCGUGAUUCCGUGGCCCGAACCUCGACCCGCCAAAGAUGCCAAAUACACCGUGUCGUACGCGAAGCCAGCAAACAUCAACGUGGUGGGUAGCGCUGUGUUGAAAACUGGAGCCAAGACAACGGAUUCUCGACCGAUCGAUCUGGCUGUAACAAUGCCCAACUCCAUCUUCCAGGAAAAAGACUAUGUCAACUAUCGCUAUUUUCACAAAAGGGCAUACUAUGUUGCUUGCCUCGCCGCAGGUAUACAGGGGCCAAUGAAUGAUCUUGGAUUCGAAGUCAAAUUUGGAUUCCAAGAUGGCGACAGUCUUCGUCCUUUGAUUUUGCUGGAGCCUCGUUCGACUUCCAAAGGCGAUCCGACUCCCCAGCCGCAGAUUCGAAUCCUGACUGCAAUUGAACCGAGUCUAUUCCCGAUUACCCGGACACUUCCAAUCAGGAGUAACGUUCGUCAGGGCUCAAAGGACCAAUCAGAAGCUGGCGAAUCAACUCCAUAUUACAAUGCUAGCUUGCGGUCCGAGGCCGCCGUCUCUCUUUACCACAAAUUCCUCCAUUCAACCGCCCAGAAAUGUGAAUCGUUCCGUGACGCUUGUAUCCUGGGGCGCACUUGGCUCCAGCAACGCGGUUUGCAAACCUCCUUCCAAAAUGGAGGAUUUGGGGGCUUUGAAUGGGCAGCGCUUGUCUCUCUCUUAUUUGAGGGUGGCGGCCCAAGUGGCCAGCCAAUUCUUUUACGGUCCUACAGCAGCUAUCAGAUCUUCAAAGCUACCAUACAGUUUCUAGCUGGCAGAGAUUUGACUACACCCUUACUUCUUUUCGCCAGCGACGUUGCGGUUCCAAAUGGAGGACCUGUAUUGUAUGAUGGCCGGAGAGGGUUGAAUAUUCUGUACAAAAUGACUACUUGGUCUUACGCAGCGCUUCGACACGAAGCGUCAAUUACCCUCAAGAUGCUUAAUGAAUCCCGCGAGGACAAUUUUGACCGGGUUUUCAUCGUUAAGGUCGACGAACCAGCCUUGCGGUUUGAUCGCCUUAUCUCGUUCCCGAAGGCUUUCAAUGGUGAUACCGUUCGUGCUCUUCGCGAGCAGAAUGCUUUAUACACCACACUCUCCAAGGCUCUUGGAGAUCGGGUCAAACUAAUCUCCUUUGCGAGCCAAAACGCCGAAUCCUGGUCGACCCGAGCAAAGGCAUUGACCAAGAAAGCGAGUCACAACCUAUCCGUAGGUCUUCUACUUGAUGCCGAUAACGUCGGUCGGGUAGUUGAUCACGGCCCCGCCGCAGAAGAGAAAGAAGAAGCAGCAUCGUUCCGGGAAUUCUGGGGCGAUAAGUCAGAACUGCGACGAUUCAAAGACGGCAGCAUUCUGGAGAGUCUUGUAUGGUCUGACCAACCAUCCGAGGACUCCAUUGUGCUCCAGAUUCUCACCUACGUACUACAAAGGCAUUUCCAAAUCACCGAGGAUGACUUUUCGUUCACUGGUGAUGAGUAUGACGAUAUUCUUCUUGAAGAAGGGGAUGGUAUCUUGGCGUACUCCAGCCAGCCCUUCCAAUCCAUCAAGGAAGCAUUCAGUGAUCUAGAGAGAUCAAUUGGAAACAUGGAGGAAGUUCCUCUGACAAUUCGUCACUUGGCACCGGCUAGCCCACUGCUCCGGUACACUGCGCUUCGAGUGCAGACCUCGGGUGGAGCCCAGGAACCCGCAGAUAUUGUUCUUCAGUUUGAAAGCUCUUCUCGAUGGCCCGAUGACUUCGCAGCAAUCCAGAUGACCAAGGCGGCUUUCUUGCUGAAGAUCGGGGAUUCUUUGGAGUCAUCAGGUGCUGCUUCAUCCUGCCGUGUCGGUUUGGAGAAUGAAACAAGCAAGGUGUUGAAUAAUGUGUACCUGGAUAUUUCUCAUACUUCCGGGUUCAUCUUCCGCCUCAGAAUUCAUCAUGAUCGCGAACAAACACUCCUUGAACGCCAAUUGAAAGAUAAGAGCAUUAACCCUCGAGAACGGGAAGAGAUUGCGUAUGCUCUUUUCACAUACAAAAGAACAUUUGUGCAGGCUCCACGGUUGACUCAGGCACUGCGAAGUCUCUGCACUCGCCUUCCUUUAUUGUCACCGACAAUUCGCCUGGUCAAGUUCUGGUUUAGCUCUCACCUCUUCUCGGGUCAGAUCUGCGAUGAAUUGAUUGAGCUUCUGACAAUCCGGGCCUUUACGCAACCGUACCCCUGGGAUUGCCCCUCCAGUGUCAUGACUGGCUUCCUACGCACCCUCCACUUCCUCUCUCGUUGGGACUGGCAACAAGAGCCCUUCAUCGUUGACCUGAGCGGAGAUCUGGGCCCCGAGAUUACUGAAACGAUUCGCACUCGAUUUACUGCUUGGCGGAAUAUUGACCCUGCAAUGAACACUGUCGCUCUGUUUGUCGCCUCAGACCUCGAUACUGAUGGCGUGACUUGGACCCAGUAUGAGAUGCCCUCAAAGGUUGUAGCUGGCCGAAUGUCCGCCUUGGCGAAAGCCGCAGUGGGUUUACUUCGAAAGGAAGGCGACGACCUCGACGUGUCAGAUCUCUUCCAGACGUCGCUUAGCCCUUACGAUUUUGUUCUUAAUCUGCGCUCUAAAUUCUCAGGGGAUCGCUCCGCCUCCGUUUCUAAAUAUAAGAAUUUGGCCGAGGGCACCUCCCAGCAGGCCGGUGCGGCAGUUGUGAAGUCAUUUGUACAUGAUGUACAGGCAUGUUAUGGUCAAAGCAUCCUUCUUUUCCAUGGAGAUGAGCGGUGUGGUGUGAUUGCCGGUGUAUGGAACCCGCAGACGUUGAAGCCACGGAAUUGGAACUUGAAGACCGCCUACUCAACGGCCCCAGCUGGCGGGAAGGAGAGUCCAGACGACCGCGUUACAAUCAACCAACUGGCCAUCUUAAACGAGAUCACCCGAUUGGGCGAAGGGCUCAUUGAUACCAUUGACACUGGCGAUCUAAAAGCGUAG